GGCCGCCGCCCGCCCGGCUCCCCUCGCGCCUCCCAGUGACUCCGGCCGCUUCCCGUUGCCAGCAUGGGAACUGAUGUGACCCCUCAGCAGGCUCCAAGUGAGGAGCAUGAAGUGACUGUUUAUUAAACUAGUCCAGAGCAGGCUGUGGGACAGGAUCAACACCAAAUUCUGGGUACAUAGAGGAACUGUUUGAUGCUCCCCACCCCCAAGGAACACCCACUCACUGCCAAGCCUGCAGCAAAUCCAGAGAAGACAGAAGCCAUCCCUGAGCCCGGUAAGUUUCAAAGUUUAUUACUACAAUAAUGGGAGGGUUUUCUACUGUAAGGACCAAUGCAACAAUUAUGAGAAGGCCCAGCUACUGGUGUGUAUCUACUAAUGGCGGAUUAUAUCCCUGAGUCUUGGUGUCCCCCUCCCUUGCCCCCUUCCCACCACAUGGAGUUCCACAUCCCUGAGCGAUGCAGUUAUACUGACCUAAGUGCCAGUGUAGACAGCACUAGCUCUCCCGGCAAUAUAGCUACCGCCUCUUGUGGAGAUGAAGCUAUUAAGCCUAUAGGAUAGCUCUCUCCCAUCGGUUUAGAGCAACUUACCUUAUUCAUGAUCUCUUAGAGGAGGGCAAACUGUGGACACACGAGUCCCAUCAAUGGCACUGGUGCAGUUAGGAAACCCCAUUCUCUCAAAGCCAGCAAUUACCUCAGGAAUAUCUUUAAUGCCUGCCACCUUAGGGUAAACCACACACCUGAUAGCUUCGAAAACCUUGUCUGUCACUUUACCCACAGUUGACUUUCCUACACCAAACUGGUUGACAACAGAAGUCUGAGGUGGCCAGUUUCCAGACGGUUAUAGCAGCCUGCUUGUGGACAGGCAAGGGUGCCCUCAAGUGUGUGUCUUUACACUGGAGAGUUAGGGAGCCGGUUCCCAGCAGAGUGGGAGGGGAGUUCAGCACGGAGGUUCCUUUUUAGCGCUUGCACGGUGUCUGACGCGCUACAUGCACUAGACAGAAUCGGGGUCGGGCGUGCUGGGCUUCUCCUCCAUUCGCCCCACCGCAGCAGCCGUCCCAGAACAGGGAGUAAGUAAUCCUCAGCCGAAAAGAGACAAUGUGGAUGAUGCUGGAUUGCAGCUCAGAGUCUGACGGCUUGAGCCUCCUGCUUGAAGCGGGGACUGGGGUGAAUGCACCCGCAGAUGCCUUUGGUCAGUCCCCAGCUCACUUGGCUGCUUGUGGAGGACAAGCUUUUUUCCUACUCUGGCAACUGCAAACAGGCGCUAAUCUCAACCAACAGGAUUGCCAUGGAGAAGCUCCUAUUCAUAAGGCAGCUAAAGUUGGGAGCUUGGAGUGUCUUGCUCUACUCGUUGCCAGUGAUGCCAGAAUAGAUUUGUGCAAUAAUGAUGGACAAACAGCAGAAGAUCUUGCAUGGGCUCUUGGAUUUCUGGAGUGUGCCAAGUUCCUCACAACUGUUAAACAUACUCAAAAUAUGAAGCUAAGAGAACAAUCUAGCUGCUCACUUAAAGACAAUUGUGGUUUGCCAAGAGAGGCUUCAGCUGGACAGAAACGAGCAUAUGGAAUUAUGGGACCCACAAACAGAAAGAGGAGGAGAUCAGAUGAUAUCACAUCUUAGACUGCAAGUGGGAAAAUCCAUAACCCUGUAAAGAAUCUGUAAGAAGAAUCUGAAAUCUGCAAAAAACACCAUUAUUGGUCUAUGAACUAAGCAGCCCAAUAUUUGAUUGUUCUGCUGUUUCCUUCUGAGGAAGAGGAAAUCUUGGUUACUUUUGCUUCUUGAAGAAGACAUUUUUCUAGAAUACUUGUAUUCACACAGGGGGUGUGUGUGUGUGUGUGUGUGUGUGUGUUCAAUUGUAGACUAUGUAUAAUAGGGCAGCCUCUUCUCUGGUAAAUAGCAAAACAAAGUUGAUACUUAGCACAUACAGUGUUUCUCUCUGUGCUAUAGGAGAUUAACAUUUUGAUUAAGUGGCAUUCCCUGCCUAUUACGUUGUUGUGUGAUAUUACUGGCUGCUGUCAAACAGUUACCACACUUCACUACAGAGAGGGGUCUAUUGGUGCCCUAAGGAUAGUUUAGGGUCAGUUUAAAGUCGUAUUUAAUUCUGCACAUCUUACUAACGAGCCGUCUUUGCUUUUAUGAGCAAGAGCUGC